AUGCGUUAUGAAGAAGUCAAAAUGGGCGAUUUGAAAACUGCCGAUCAAAUUGCCGUCUGCGGAAACAUUAGCGAUCUUAACCCGCUUCUGGCUCCGUUGACAAUGCUGGCAGGUGACAAAUACUUUCACCAUGGCAUUUUCGACAGAGAAAAUUUGGCCGUCUACGACUUUUAUGGAGAUAGCAAAAAGAACGCCCGACCCCAGAGACGCGAUUUCACAGAGUUUUUCUAUGGGCAUGAAAUACUUUUCCGUGUCGUUUACGAAGAUGGUGAACAGUGCUUACCUGCUGAUGAAGUGAUGAAGAGAGCGAAAGAUGCUGUUGAAAAUCAAAGUUCUUGGCCAUGCUAUGACUUAGUCAAGAACAACUGCGAGUCGUUUGCCACUUUCGUCAAGACCGGUAAGCUAUAUUCAGAACAGGCUAUUACAGCUGUCAACGAGGUCUGCAAAAAGGUAGCUUCUUACCUUGUCGCUGCUGGUGGUUCACUGGCAGCCAUUGGUUUUAUUGUCCUUCGGUUCAAAUAA